AUGAUGACAUUCCGCCCGUUGAUGCGUCGACUUCCAAUGGAAACCAUACAGGUGUUGGUUCCGGUGGAACACAAGUUCACAGUGGUGCUGUGUUGCCUUUUGUUGACUGGAGAAAACUAUAAUAAGUGGGCAUCGGAGUUGCUUAAUGCUCUUCAGGCCAAACGAAAGCUAGGUUUCAUACAUGGAGUCCUUCCGAAACCAGCUGUUGGGAUCCCUGAUAUGGAGAAUUGGUUGACGGUGAAUUCAAUGCUUGUGGGUUGGAUUCGGGCGUCGAUUGAACCUAAAGUUAGGUCUACUGUAACGUAUAUCUCGGAUGCUCACUUGUUGUGGACCGAGCUCAAGGAACGUUUCUCAGUUGGAAACAAAGUGCGUACUCAUCAGAUUAAGUCUCAGCUUGCUGCGUGUCGACAGGAUGGACAAUCUGUUCUUGAGUACUAUGGUCGUCUCUCUGCCUUGUGGGAAGAGUUACAGAUGUAUCAACCAGCGAUCUCAUGCUCCUGUGGAGCUGCCUCUGUUUUUGCCAAAGAAAAGGAGGAAGAAAAGAUCCAUCAAUUUGUUAUGGGUCUCGAUGAUGCGAGAUUUGGUGGACUCUACACGGGAAUCAUUGCAGCAGAUCCGUUGCCAAGUCUCGGUGAGAUUUAUUCUAAGGUGGUACGCGAAGAGCAAAGAUUGGCGUCGGCACGACUCCGUGAUCAAAACCAAGAGGCGUUAGGUUUUGCUACACGGCGUGAUGAAGUGUCACUCUCGUCCCGGCGAGAACAGAGUCAGAGUUCUGACUCGCGUUCUGACGUACCAAACUCAAUCCGUCGUGACAAAAAUGUCUUGUGUGCUCACUGUGGUCGUUCUGGUCAUGAGAAGAAGGAUUGCUGGCAGCUUGUUGGCUUUCCUGAAUGGUGGAAUGAACGCAAUAACGGGUUUGGUCGUGGUGGUGGUCGUGGAAGAGGUGGACGUGGAGCUGGUGUCAACAAUUCUGGCCGUGGUCGCGGUCAAGCUAAUGCAGCGCAUGCCACAAGCUCUAAUGCGUCUUCUUUUCCCGAGUUCACUCCUGAUCAAUGGAAAGCUCUCUCCAAGUUAAUUCAAGAGAAAUCGGGUGAAGCUAGUUCAGACAAGUUGUCUGGUAAGAAAGGUUAUGGUGAUGUUAUUCUUGAUACAGGUGCCUCUCAUCACAUGACAGGGAAUCUCUCAUUAUUACACAAUCUUGAGACGAUUUUACCAUUUCUAUCGGCUUCGCGGAUGGAGGAAAAACGGUUUCACUCCGACCAUUUUUCGAGGACUCUGAUUGGAGCCGGUGAGGAACGUGAUGGGGUUUACUACUUCAAGGACGUCAUGGCUGCAAGGAUUCAUCGAGCUGUUGCUGAUUCAGAUUUAGCUUUGUGGCACCAGCGGCUAGGACAUCCGUCCUUUUCUGUGUUUUCUUCUUUACCGUUGUUUUCUGGUGCUUCGAAAUCUGUUUGUUCGGGUCAGUGUGACGUGUGUUUCCGAGCAAAACAAACUAGAGAGGUGUUUUCAGAGAGUCUUAAUAAAACAAAGGAAUGUUUUUCCCUUAUUCAUGUUGACGUAUGGGGUCCAUACCGUGUGCCUUCCUCUACGGGAGCUGUUUAUUUUUUAACUAUCGUUGAUGACUAUUCUCGAGCAGUUUGGACGUACUUGCUACUUGAGAAAUCCGAAGUUAGUAAAGUCUUGAAGAAUUUUCUAGCUUAUACAGAGAAGCAAUUUGGGAAAACAGUAAGGAUGGUGCGUAGUGAUAAUGGCACAGAAUUUAUGUGUCUGUCUUCUUUUUUCCGCGAGAAAGGCAUAGUUCAUCAAACUUCUUGUGUGGCUACACCUCAGCAGAACGGACGUGUUGAUAGAAAGCACAGACACAUCCUCAACGUGGCUCGUGCCUUGCUGUUUCAAGGUAACUUACCAAUCAAGUUUUGGGGAGAGGCGAUCCUCACUGCUGCAUAUCUGAUUAACCGUACACCCUGUGCUAUUCAUCUUGGCCGCUCUCCUUAUGAAAUACUACACGGUCAGAAACCUUCCUAUGACCAGUUACGAGUAUUUGGGAGCGAAUAUUACACACACAGGGCCACACGUGAUAAAGAUAAGUUUGCUCAACGAAGUCGUCGUUGUGUGUUUCUUGGGUACCCUUUUGGAAUCAGUUUUUCCUUACACAAUUCUUCUCCGCCACAACAGUCUUCGUCUCCAGCGUGUCUCGACGAGGAUUGGUUUAUUUCUCCAAUGUCUUCUCCUGUAAGGGGGAGCGUCUUACCUGAAACUGCACCUGUGACGGAUAAUACACAAGAACCUGAGUCAGAUAUUCCACAAGAACCUGUGACAGAAAAAUCACAAGAACCUCUCACAGUCAAUCCACAAGAACCUGGCUCAGAUCAUGUCACAGAAACAGAACAAGAACAGAGAACUGUUGAGGAAGCGGCUGCUCCGAGUUUAGGUCGUGGUCAGCGGCAACGGUCCACGUCUGUCAAGCUACGAGACUACGUCACUUAUAACGUCGUGUGCAAUCAAGACCCCCAUCACGCUCCUCCCGAUCCCACAUCUCAGUCCUCAUCGGUCCAAGGUACAUCUCUAUACCCGCUGUCUCAUUUUAUUUCGGAUGAAUGCUUUUCACCAGGGCAACGUGCGUUCUUUGCUGCCAUUACUGCGGGAGAUGAACCGAAACACUUCAAAGAUGCUGUUCAAAUUAAGGUCUGGAACGAUGCUAUGGGAACUGAGGUGGAUGCGCUUGAACAAAAGCGUACGUGGGAUAUUUGUGAUUUACCUCCUGGCAAAGAAGCUCUUGGUUGUCUUUGGGUUUACAAGACGAAGUAUAAUUCUGAUGGUACUAUCGAGAGAUACAAGGCUCGGCUAGUUGUCCAGGGCAAUCAUCAGAUUGAAGGAGAAGAUUUCGAUGAAACUUUUGCUCCUGUUGUCAAGAUGAAUACUGUUCGUUCUGUUCUUCGUCUUGUCGCAUCUAAAAACUGGGAGGUUUACCAAAUGGACGUCAACAACGCUUUCCUUCACGGUGACUUAGAAGAGGAAGUGUACAUGAAACUUCCUCCAGGGUUUCGUCACUCUCAUCCUGGCAAAGUUUGCCGUCUUCGUAAGUCAUUGUACGGGCUCAAACAGGCUCCGCGUUGCUGGUUCAAGAAGCUUUCUGAUGCAUUGCUUCGUUUUGGUUUUGAUCAGUCGUAUGAUGAUUACUCUUUGUUCUCUUACUCGCGCAAGAACAUUGAGCUACGGGUUCUCGUUUAUGUGGAUGAUCUCAUUAUUUGUGGUAAUGACUCCUACAUGAUUCAGAAAUUUAAAGAUUACUUGAGUAAAUGUUUCUCCAUGAAAGAUUUGGGGAAACUGAAGUAUUUUUUGGGCAUCGAAAUAAGUAGAGGACCCGAGGGUAUGUUCCUUUCCCAACGCAAGUAUGCGUUAGACAUUAUCGCCGAAACUGGCAAUCUUGGUUCUCGGCCAGCCACAACACCACUUGAGAGUACACAUCAGUUAUCUACGGUCGAGAGUCCUCUUCUUGAUGAUCCAAAGAAGUAUCGGCGGCUCAUGGGCCGACUCAUAUAUCUACUCAAUACAAGACCAGAGUUGUGCUACUCUGUUCACCUGUUGUCUCAAUUCAUGAAGGAACCAAAAGUGGCUCAUUGGGAAGCAGCCUUGCGUGUUGUUCGUUUCUUAAAAGGAUCUCCUGGCCAGGUAUUUUCUUGUCGUCUGAUCCUGAUCUUACCCUCACGGUCUAUUGUGAUGCUGAUUAUAACUCGUGUCCGUUAA